GGGAAAGUUCGAGGCAUUAGAAGGAUGUCACAAAAUUUAAGAAGAUGCCGUAAAAUUCAAGAGAAUAUUCGAGAAACAACGCUACAGGGGAGAAGGGUUAAAGGAAUUAUUCGCGGAAACGAGGGAGAAGAACAGGUCUACCGCCGGAAGAAAUUUGGAUAGGAAAGGAGGAUCUGUCGUUUAAUACGUGUUCGCCUCUUUUCCUCCUUUCUUUCAAAGUAGCUGAGUAGUUGUUUAAUUCUUAACGAGAUGGCUGCUGAAGGAACUUAAUUUAAGCUGCUUUCCACAUUUACUUUAUUUCGUUCGGUAACGAUGGCGCGACAAUUCGUGUAUAAAUCCAGUAUUGACGCGUCGCCGAUAUUUGCUAGUAUAUCAUAGAAAUCCGCAUCGAUCAUAGAAAUUCAGCGAUAUAGGCAUCAAAGGAUAUAGGUAAGCCGAUAACUCAUUUUCCAUUGGAGAAUCGAUUCGAGGAGAGUCGCAUAGAUCGAUUCGAUGUUCACUGGGUGGAGUGCGCUGCUCAUACUCGCACGUUUAACGCGAGUGCCCGUCGUCACGUGUCCCGUCGAAAAUAAGUAUCGUCUACUGAUAAAUGUGCCCGAAGCAUUGGCGGUGAAACAUGGUUAGCUACGUACAGGGGAAAUUCCAUUGGUCUCGCGUAGAUAUUUUCCUCGAUUCCCGUGAAACACGCGACCGACCGCAUUACAGUGCGAGUACCCUACACAUCACGCUUGUACGCCUAUACGCGCAUGGAACGAAGAGAUCGCUUUAUACUGCUUCGUUCUACGUGCACCGUAAAAAUGCAAAGCAGGCUUGCACGUCAGCGCAUACAUCAGCAUACACGUGCACACGAGACAGCCGUGCCGUCGCUGCCAUGGGACCUGGACGUAGAAGCGGAGGGGGUCGUUUACCCCGCACUGCCACUCCGCUAUCAACUUGCUCCGAUAUUAUCGACAAAAGACUCGACGUUUCUAAUUGACAAAGACGGAAGGGAUAUAUCAACGCGGCGCAUCUGCCGAAACGACGCGGAGGCGAAGAAAAAUGCAACGAGCGUAGGUGUAAGAAUAAAGAGGGAGAAACGGAAGCAGGAAGAGGCGGGCAAAGUGACUGGGCUGAAGCUGCUUUACAUAAGCGUCCCGCCGUACUCCUUUAGGGGCCAGAGUGCGCUUCUCGAGUGCAGAUACGACCUAGAAGCGGACAAGCUUUACUCCAUCACGUGGUACAAGGAUCACGAGGAAUUCUACAGAUACGUGCCUAGAGGGGAACCUACGAAGCACAGCUAUCGCGUCGAGGGCGUUAAAGUUGACCACCGAAAAUCCAACGACAAGGAGGUGCUGCUGCAGGACGUGAGCCUACACAGUAGCGGACGGUACAAAUGCGAAGUGAGCGCGGAGGCUCCUAGCUUCAACUCGGUCAGCGCAGAAGCCAGCAUGGAAGUCGCAGGUGAAACCAGACACGGAAAUGGUGUUCGAACAGCACGGACUUUAUUCGGUGAUAUCCAGUUUACGACUGCAAUUGGAACCGGAUCACAUCGCCGGCGACAAAAUAAACGUCAGAUGCGAGGCGACCGUGGUAUUGGACUCGAUGUCGGACAAGCCACGCUUCGAGACGCGCACAACGGAAGUUUUCGUGGAAGGACAGGGCAGCCUUGCAACGCCUUCCGUGUGCCUGACAGUAGCCAGCGCGCUACUUCUCCGACUACUGCCAACCUUGGUCUAGGAAUAAGAGCGUGCGAACCGCGCGCGGCCGGCCGCGUUCGCGUCCACGAGACGCAAUUGCCACGCGCGCGACUGGACUCCGUCGAGCAGGAAAGAAGAGAAGAUGAGAAACACAAGGAUGGAAGAAGAAAGAGACGGAUGGACGAUCAUACCUAGCGAUCAAAUGCGAAAUAAUAGGGAAAUAUCGUUGGAACGCAGGAUGAAAACACGGCAACGAUCGAACAAACACGGAAUUGGAAGGCGGGUCGGAACCGAAAAAAUUUCGGUUCGCGGAAUUAGCGAGGGACGAGUAUCGCUUGGCUACUUGGCCGAUGGGUGAUGAUCGAUCGGGGCACCGGGGUCGCCGUGAGGCAAUCGCGGGGCAGUCGCGGGCCCGGGAGAACGCGCGCGCGGAUUAUCAUCCCGUUGGACGGCACGCGACUCGAAAAUACGAUUUACGAGCCUGUAAGCGGAUUAAUUUGGACGAUUCGACGUGCACGGGAUAGCGUAAAUAUUUGUCUGGAGCGCGUAGGGAAGCGAGUCGGCUAUUCUUUCGCGGCGAUUCCGAUAGAAAUCCGCGACGAGCGAGAGCCGCGGCCGAGCGAGGCGUCUCGACGAUCCACCCCGCGCAUAUCCGUGUUUCUCUCGCAUGACGCGCAUCCGCGUAGCACGCAACGAUACCUACGUGUACUCGUUAUACGGCUUCGAAGCUUUUAACUCCCGUUGUAAUUCCGAAAAGUCGGGACGAGAUCGGUCGCGCGGUUCUCGCUCUCCAACCAAGAACGAACGAACGAACGAACGAGGAACCAACGGACUUUCGCUUGCCUUCGCGUCCGCGACUUCUCUCUUUGUGUCUGUAUACUUUGUACAUAGCUGCGACGCCUGCACGCGCGUACAUCUGCCGUUAUCUACGAAAACUAGGUACACCUCGUCGAACAUUGCGAUAGAGAAGAAAAAACAUUGGAUCGCGAACCUUAUUCGCGCUCUCCGUAGAAACGUAGACAACGUGGCGCGGCGUUUUUCCAAAGAAAACCAGAUCCGUCGCUCGUUUCCAAACGAGCUACGAUCGGGGCUGCGCAGUCGAACAACUCUCCCCGAAACUACCGAAAAUCGGACAGAGAUUACGUACUUGUGUGUAUGGCCUAAUGUAUAUACGUAUACAUAAUAUAUAUAUAUAUAUA